AAAUGCUGCGCCAGCCGCUAUCCCGAGCGCUCGCGCUGACGUCGCCGAACCGCGUGGCUCCUCUAGCUUCGCUGGCUUCGCGUAAGCUCGCUUCUCAGGUGCAGCCAGCUCCUAACACUGUAGAAGUUUUCAUUGAUGACCAGCCAGUGCAUGUUCCCCCAGGCACAACUGUACUACAGGCAGCAGCAUUAGUCGGAGUAGAAAUCCCCCGAUUCUGUUACCAUGAACGUCUCGCCGUUGCUGGCAAUUGCAGAAUGUGUCUAGUGGAGGUUGAGAAGUCUCCAAAACCUGUAGCAGCUUGUGCUAUGCCUGUAAUGAAAGGCAUGCGUGUCAAGACUAACUCAGACUUGACAAGGAAGGCGAGGGAAGGUGUGAUGGAGUUUCUUCUAAUAAAUCAUCCACUUGACUGCCCAAUUUGUGACCAGGGAGGAGAGUGUGAUCUCCAGGACCAGUCUAUGGCUUUUGGUUCUGAUAAAAGUAGAUUUACUGCUAUUCACUAUGAUGGAAAAAGAGCUGUAGAAGACAAAGACAUUGGUCCUUUGAUCAAGACAAUAAUGACUCGUUGCAUACACUGCACGCGGUGCAUUCGUUUUGCUUCAGAGAUUGCUGGUAUUGAUGAUUUCGGAACUACAGGUAGAGGCAGUAGCAUGCAGGUUGGCACAUAUGUGGAGAAGAUGUUCUUGUCAGAGUUGUCAGGCAACAUUAUCGACUUAUGCCCAGUUGGUGCGCUCACUUCCAAGCCUUACAGUUUUGCAGCCAGGCCUUGGGAGACUAGAAGGAUCGAUUCUGUGGACGUCCUCGAUCCAUUGGGUAGCAACAUCGUGGUUACAACGCGCACCAAUGAAGUAUUGCGUAUUCUUCCAAGAACCAACGAGGGUAUCAACGAGGAAUGGCUAGCUGACAAAUCGAGGUUUGCCUGCGACGGUCUGAAGCGGCAACGAUUAGUGACACCGAUGUUGCUGGACAGCCGCGGGAACCUUACGCCAGUGGAGUGGGAGGACGCCAUGGUCGCUGCAGCACGCGCUUUACGGGACUGCCCACCCGAUAAGCUGCUGGCUGUGGCCGGGGAUCUGGUGGACGCGGAGGCCCUCGCGGCGCUGAAGGACCUAGUGAACCGCCUGGGCUCCGAGAACACCUGCACCGAGCAGUACUUCCCGCUCGAGGGGUCCGGCACCGACUUGCGCUCAUCAUACUUGCUUAACACCAAAAUUGCCAACGUGGAGGAAGCAGACUUCGUGCUUCUGAUCGGCACGAACGUGCGGUUCGAGGCGCCGCUGCUCAACGCGCGCAUACGGAAGGCCUUCAUCCAUCACGAUACCGACGUAGCGCUCAUUGGACCUAAAGUCGAUCUCACCUACGACUACAUUCACGCCGGCGACUCGGCAUCAAUAGUAAAAGACCUAGCAAGUGGUUCAUCAUCCCACGAAGUGGCAAAGAGAUUGCAGGCGGCAAAAAGACCCGUGGUGAUCCUCGGUGCUGAUCAAUUGAAGACUGCGGACGGAGCUGCCCUGUUGGCCUACACGCAGGAGCUCGCAUUUAAACUGCAGAACAACUUGCAGGAUAAGGAAUGGAAGGUACUAAACAUCCUGCAACGUACAGCUUCUCAAGUAGCAGCUCUUGAUAUCGGCUACAAACCUGGUGUGGGUAAACUCCUUCAAGCGGGACCCAAAGUUGUGUACCUAUUGGGCGCAGAUAGUGGCGUCGUUACGCGCGAGUCACUGCCUAAAGACACUAUUGUUAUUUAUCAAGGCCACCACGGCGAUGCGGGUGCGGCCAUGGCGGAUAUCGUCUUGCCGGGCGUGGCGUACACGGAGAAACGUGCGACGUACGUGAAUGCCGAGGGCCGUGCACAGCAGACGCUACCCGCUGUUACGCCACCCGGCAAGGCCAGAGAGGACUGGAAGAUCAUCCGAGCUCUAUCGGAAGUGGUGGGCACACCCCUGCCGUAUGACAAUUUGGAUGAGGUGCGGGGUCGCCUGGCAGAGCUGAGCCCUGCGCUCGUGGCCUAUGGUGAGGUGCCGGAUAACAACUACUUCGCGCAGGCCACGCAACUUGCACAGAGUUUCCAAAAACCAGUAUCAAGCAAGCUGGAUGUCCAGUUGAAGACCCUGGCGGACUACUUCAUGACGGACCCGAUCAGCCGCGCCUCCCCUACCAUGGCCAAGUGCGUACAGGCCGUCAUUAAACAGAAGCAAUCGCCCUAUUAGACACUCUAUUUACCUUUUCAUCUCUUUUCUAUAUAAUGAUUGAGCAAUGUAUAUUAUAGGAAGCGGUACUUGCCGUUUAUAGACCUCUGCGAUACCAAUCCGCAGUAUGCGAAAUGUAUCCUACCAUUAAAUAAUAAUUUCCAUUUAGAAUGCGCAGCAAUAGGUAAAAAAUGAAUGCCGUUUAUAUACAAACAUUUCCUUGUACUAUAUUUAAGUUAGCGACCUAGUAUACAGCCUGCUCUUUUUCGAACUACUUCAUAAAAAUUACAUUUCGCAUAUUUCAUCCCAAUCUGCUAACCUGUAUACACACACGUCUUAUACCACUAGAACCCUGAACGGGUGGGGAGUUUACGGAUACAGCUUUCAGCAGAUAAGCAGCAAGUACCCAAUGGGGCAUCUACUACUGAGUUUCGAUCUGGAUCAGUUAUUAGCAGAAGGUGUAAACAAUUAGCCGUAUGAGACUCAACGUCUGGAAUUCUUGAUCGAGGAAACAACAUUGUUAUUUAAAACUCUGAGUGGCACUGGAACUGUUAGGGAUAGGCGUGUCGCUUAUCAGGCACACGAUUUGUUCAUCCCGUCCAUCGAGUAUAUAACCAAAAAAUAGAGACGAAAUAAGGG